AUGAUUUGGAUUUAUCAGACUUUUUAUUUCAUUUUCUUACUUGCUUCAGUUUACGGUGAAUGUGUGACUCAGAUCUAUGAAAAUACAUACUUCCAAGGAGGAGACCUCUCCACAGUUUUCACACCAAGUGCCAAUUACUGUCAAAUAGUGUGUACUUACCAUCCUACCUGUCUGCUCUUCACAUACUUGCCAGUGACAUGGACUAAAGAUCCUGCAAAGAGGUUUUCCUGCUACUUAAAAGACAGUGAUACUGAAAUGUUGCCAAAAGUGGAUAUGGAAGGAGCUGUUUCUGGACAUUCUUUAAAACAAUGUAACAUCAAAAUUAGUGCUUGCAGCCCAGAUGUCCACAUAGGUCUGGAUAUGGAAGGGGAAAAUUAUGAUGUUACUGUGGCUGAGAGUUAUCAACAGUGUCAAAAAAGAUGCACCAAUGAUGACCACUGUCAUUUUUUUACAUAUGCCUCAAAAACAUUUCACAAUGCAAGCUUUCGUGAAAAAUGCUUCUUGAAACAUACCAGGUUAGGAACUCCAACCAGCAUAAGGGUGCUUGAUGAGGUUGUGUCUGGAUUCUCCUUAAAGCCAUGUCAGCUUUCUGAAAUAGAUUGUAAAACGGACCUUUUUGAACAUCAAGAAUUUUCAGGAAUGAAUGUUACAAGUUUUUUCACUCCCGAUACCUCUGUCUGCCAGACUAUUUGUACUUAUUUUCCAAACUGCCUGUUCUUUACGUUUUUCACCAAGGAAUGGCAAAUAGCAUCCCAAAGAAAUCUUUGCCUUCUGAUGACCUCAACAAGUGGAACACCAGAGGCGCUUACGUUACGAGAAAAUGCAAUAUCGGGCUUUGGUCUCCUAAAUUGCAGAAGAUACUUUCCUGCCUGCAAUUCUCGCACUUAUGUGCAUAUGAAUUUUUUGGGAGAUGAACUCAAUGUCACUUAUACAAAAGGACACAAAGCCUGUCAGCAGGUUUGCACAGACAUGAUCCGCUGCCAAUUUUUUACCUACUUUCCCCUCAAAGAUUCAUGCAAUGUGGAAAGAAAAUGUGAGUGUCAUCUAAGAAUGUCCUCAAAUGGAUCUCCAGUGGAAAUACAACAUGGGCCAGGAAGGAUCUCUGGAUACUCACUAAGAUUAUGUAAAAAAAAGGCCAGUACUGUAUGCAUGCAGCAUUCUGCAAGAACUAUUAGGAUAGUUGGAGGGACAGACGCUUCCCCUGGUGAAUGGCCGUGGCAAGUAAGCUUGCAUGUGAAAUUGUUUCGUCGGAGACAUCACUGUGGGGGCUCUAUCAUCAGUAACCAGUGGAUUCUUACAGCUGCUCACUGUUUCAUGAGUCGUCAGAAUCCCAACAUUUGGCGUGUUUAUGCUGGUAUUUUAAAACAAUCAGAAAUAAAAGAGGAUACACCUUUCUUCAAAGUGGAAGAGAUUAUUAUUCACCCUCAGUAUACAUAUGCCCAGACUGGAUAUGACAUUGCUUUACUGAAACUUGACAAGCCUAUGAAUUUUACUGAUCUUCAACUACCUAUUUGCCUGCCAUCGAAAGAGGAAGCUAACAUGCUUUAUACUGACUGUUGGGUAAUUGGAUGGGGUUACAGAAAGGAAGGAGGUCUUGUAGAAGAUAUUCUUCAGAAAGUUACUGUUCCCCUAAUGUCAAAAGAGGAAUGCCAGGCAAGAUACCGGAAGCGCAGAAUAGAUGACAAUGUGAUCUGUGCUGGCUAUGAUGAAGGUGGAAGGGAUGCUUGCAAGGGAGACUCGGGAGGACCACUGUCAUGCAAGCAUGAGGAGGUGUGGUAUCUCGUGGGCAUCACCAGCUGGGGUGAAGGGUGCGCUCGCCCCAGGCAGCCGGGUGUCUAUACAAAAGUUGUUGACUAUUUAGACUGGAUUCUAGAAAAAACUACAUAGUAGAUGGACCUCGUGACAGCAAAUUGCCAAAGGAAACUUAGCUCUUUCUGUGGAAGGGAUAAGGGGUCUCAGAGACAGCAGUACUGCAACAUAUUUUAAGGAGGCCAGCUGGAUGGGCAGUGCAGGGUGUUGAUGAG